UUCGGAUUCGUUCAGGCCGUACCAAUGCAAAAAUAUCGAAGAUGCUCGCCAGGUCAAACGUUUAUGUGGGACACUGUCGACCUCGCAACGAACCUCGCCAGACAUCACACGACCAAAUGAACGGAUACACUCGUGUCGCUCAAGACGACGGCAUCGUCAUGCGAGACCUUAAGAGCGACAAGCGCCAAACUGAGCCCAUCAAACGAGACUCGGCUCACCGGCUCCGAACACCAUGGUUUUAUGGCUCAGCUUUGGUUUUUGCGGCUGGAUUGAUUUACUACUUGUCUACGGCGUAUGGAGCGGGCUCUUUGCCUCCACAGUCUGCGUAUCUGCAGGAGCGCUUUACACCUCGUCCAGAGCUACAUAUCAAUCGUCCUCCAGAAGUCAGAAGGUACAAUCUUAGCUUGGGAACUUCUGAAGCUCGCCCGGAUGGAGUCAAAAAGACAGUUUUCACCAUCAAUGGACUCUUUCCAGGGCCACUCAUAGAAGCCAGAAGUGGUGAUUGGUUGGAGGUGAAUGUUCACAACGGUCUCGACGAAGAGACGAGCUUGCACUGGCACGGUCUUCGACACGAACACGGCAGCAACAGUGAGGAUGGCGCCAUUGGGGUCACACAAUGUCCCCUCGCGCCGAACGCCACGAAGAUGUAUCGGUGGAAAUUGUCCGACACACAGCACGGCACAUACUGGUAUCACUCGCACCAUGCAGCUCAGCGAUCUGAUGGUCUACACGGCCCAUUGAUCAUUCACAAACCAACGGAUGCCAUCGAGCAUGGUCGGAAUCCAGAUUUGCGGUUAAGAUGGAAACGGAGCGGUUUAUCCGGUCCAGAUCAACUCAUCCUCAUGAUGGGAGACUGGUACCAUCGCACAGCUGCUCAAACACUCGAUUGGUAUCGAUCUCCAACGUCAAGGGGGCAUGAGCCGGUUCCCGACAAUCUACUGAUCAACGGGGAACAGAGAUUCGACUGUGGACGCAGUAUCCGCAAAGUCGAUUGUGUGGCACGUGAGGGGUCGAUACCGCGGUACAACUUGAAUCCACGGAAAACGAAUCAGCUCAGGCUCAUGAACACUGGUUCCUUGGGCAUAGUGUACUUCUCCUUGGACAGCCAUCUCCUGCGAGUGAUGGAGGCCGAUGGAACACUCAUUGAGCCGAUUACCGUCAAGGAAUUACCCGUUGCACCUGGGCAGAGAUAUUCUGUCUUGCUCGAACCCCAAGAUUGGCUCUUAAGGGGCAAGGCAUACUGGCUUCGAGCCCGAUUGGACCAAGAAUGCUUCAACUAUCCAAAUCGUGCUCUAGACCCCCUGACACGAUCGAUCAUCUCGUAUGGAGGUAGUUCCACGCAGCUGCCGACUUCAGAAGGCUGGGGCCUCACGGAGGAGAAUACCUUUGACGCUUUAUCGUUGCGUCCUAUGGAUGCCAAUGAGCGGGUGCUUCCUGAGGCAGAGGAGCAGAUUGUAUUGUACGUGAAUACCGAAUCAAGAGCCUCGACAGGCGGUCUGCCCACAGCAUUCAUCAACCAAACGUCAUGGGUGCCAAACAGCCUCAAUCCAAUGCUCAUGCGAGAUGUCUCGCACAUAGAGACCGGCAGACUGUCGCAAGAUGAAUUCGUGAUCACUACACCGCGCAAUCGCAGCUCUGUAGUGGACAUUAUCAUCAAUAAUUUCGAGCAGGGCACACAUCCCUUUCAUCUUCAUGGUCACAAAUUUUGGCCUCUUCACACACACACUGCACGGUACGGCAAAGGUGCAUACGAUUGGCGGUUCCCACCAGUACUCCCCGAAACUGCGCCGGCUCUGCGAGACACAUUCAUGAUCCCGCCUUAUGGACACGUCGUGAUCAGAGUCAAUUUUGACACGCCAGGAGAGUGGCUUUUACACUGUCAUGUUCUGGUCCACCUCGCAACGGGCAUGGGGGUAAUUUUCAACGUCCGAAGCGAUGAUAUCGCAGAUUUCGAGAAACUGGCGGCAUGGGAGAGCUGUCAAUGAGAACGUAGUGUAUACCCUGUUUGCAUUGUACACAG